UUGUGGUCCCAUAAUCCAAGUCGAUUAAUCGGUCUGGUCAGUCAGCGUGGAUGGUAUACAAAUCGAUCGUCGAACGCGGCACGUGACUCGCCCGAACUGAUCUCAGCCAGUUUCGGGGCUACGUUCUUUCACAAGCACUAUUUGCACACCUUCACGGAAUUGUUUUCUCCAACUGUGCAACAUAUGGUCGAUCACGCUGAUGUUUGUGAGGAUCUACUACUCAACUGGUUGAUUGUCCAACUGUCCGGACAUUCGGUUUUAACCACAAUAAAUGCCGCCGGGAACCGCGUUCAUCACGGUCCUCGGGGUCUUCCAGUGCCUCGACAGGGGGAGAUGUGUCAUUUGGAACCGUACGGUGAAUGUUGGUCCCGUUUGUCUCAUCGUGCACUCGCUCGAUCACUGGGUACGGCUGUACCGUUCCGUGUGGCCCGAAUGAGUGCUGAUCUCAUGUGA